AUGAAUUUGGUAGUUAUAUUACUAGCUCUACAAAUUGUUAAAAUAAAAGGGCACACUGAAUGUAACCUGUCUCCUUGUGAUGUCCUGGAAAUAUUUUCCUCGGGACAAAGGCCUGGUCAACCGAUCAACACAGGGUGUACUAGCGAUCUUCAUUGGCGUAAGCUAGACCGACGCUUACAAGCUAUUGAACAGCCAGUGUGGACUAUAAGCUUUGGACAAUCACGAUGGCGUCAAUGUACUAAAGGCAUGUGUAGAUGUGACGUGUCCCAUCGAUCGCUAAAGUGCUGGAGAGCUGGUCUCACCACCCUUUCACCAGAUUUAAUUGUACCAGCUGAUUUAUACACAAUAGACCUCGGCACAAACAAGCUGCGUACAUUGCAUAAAACCACUUUUAAAGGAAUGCGGUCUUUAACGGAAUUGGAUAUGUUUGACAAUCACGUCGAAUUCUUACCUUCAGGGAUUUUCGACUCCCUUGUUAAUUUACGGAUAUUACGUCUACAGCGGAAUUAUUUGGAAGAAAUUGAUAAUGAGGCGUUCAGAUAUACAAAAAAACUUUUUCAUGUUGAUUUAUCUAAUAACUUCUUGUACACUCUCCCAGAGCGGCUCUUUGUCAAUAACUCUUACUUAGAGACUAUCGAUAUUUCAAACAACCAAAUUGUUUAUAUACCUUCCUAUACAUUUGUUGGACUGGAAUCAUUAUUGAUCCUAGAUCUUUCAAAAAAUAAGAUACUUCAAAUAGAAAAUGGCACGUUCCUGUUGAUGAGCCUUCAAAUAUUAAAAUUAUCAGAUAACAAAAUAAGCAAUAUCACUGACAAUGCAUUUGAAAGCUUAUUUUCUUUGGAAACGCUGUUAUUAGAUAAGAAUAACUUAAAAAAUAUCCCGGAUAAUUUAUUUUGCAAUCUAAACUGCCUAACUUUUUUAGAUUUAUCAAAUAAUCACAUAAUAAGCUUGACAGGCUUGGAAUUUCAAAAUUUGAGGCAACUUCGCAACUUGGAUUUAAAAGGAAACUUUAUAUCUGAUAUUCCAGACAAUAUUUUCAACAACUGUACGAAUCUAGAGAAACUCGAUUUAUCUAAAAACAAAUUACGCUUCUUGAAUAUUUCAGCUUUCCACGGUUUACAGAAUCUUACGUCGCUAAUACUGUCUGACAACCAGAUUUACGAGGUUCACUCUAAAACGUUCGCCACUUUAAAGAAUCUUACUACUUUAUAUUUGGAUAACAACAUGUUCCCAUCACUCCCGUCACGAACUUUGGAUUAUAUGCCGAAGUUGGCAAACGUGAAACUUUCGAACAAUCCUUGGCAUUGUGAUUGUCACGCACUUUAUAUAUCUGCAUGGGUACGCUUAAAUGAAAUGAAAAUAUGGGAUUAUUCGCCUACGUGCGUGUCGCCUUGGUAUCUAGAGGGGCACUUCUUGAAAAAGCUAAAAUUCCCUGAGUUAUGUUCAGGACAGUGGGCCAGUAUGGUGAAUCUUUCACCAAGAUUGCCUAUGCAGCAACUUUUAUCUCUCAAUGUAAGUGUGAACAGGAAACCUCAAGGCAGCAUAGAACAUGUAAAUGAUGAUAUUGAUGAAUGGAAA